ACAUUUCAGGUUGCUCUCUUGGAUGAUGGAAACACUAGUCCUUCCCUUUGUUUUGACCAGUGCGCCCUGCUGUGAGCGCACACUGCGGUCACUACUGCCAAUCAAUUAGCACAGACUUCCUGUCCUGUCGCUCACCUCAUCCGCCAGAUUAAACCCAUUACACCGCACCUACUUGCUGCCCUGCUCAAGGACGACGGCACACACGCUUCAGAACUUUUCUCUUUGAGCGCGGCUAGCAGUUGUUGUCAAUGAGUGUUUGAUGGGUGGAGAUGACGGCCACCAGCAGCACGAGACUGACUCCCAGUCCAAACUUGCUGCAGGUGAACGAGCCAAAGCGCUAUGGCUCAACGUUGUCGCUGGAGGAAAAGUGUGAGCAGUCUUUCUUCCUCUUCUACUACUACAGGAUGGAGGAUGAGGCAGUGCUGGACCGGGGUGCCUCCUUACUCAAGCACAUCUGCGAUGAAGAGGAAGUCGAAGGUCACCAUACCAUUUACAUUGGUGUGCGUGUGCCCAAGAGCUACCGCAGACGGAGGCGCCACCGUCGGAGAACCGGCCACAAGGACAGAAAGGAGAAGUUGACGGAGAACGUCUCUGACAAGUUGGACGCAGACAACAACGAGGAUGCCGGCAACAGCAUCCUCAAACCUCUCAUCUCACCGGCGGCAGAGAGGAUUCGCUUUAUCCUAGGUGAGGAGGAUGACGGCCCUGCACCACCACAGCUCUUCACUGAGCUCGAUGAGUUGUUGUCCGUUGAUGGACAGGAGAUGGAGUGGAAGGAGACGGCCCGGUGGAUCAAGUUUGAGGAGAAGGUGGAGAAAGGUGGCGAACGCUGGAGUAAACCGCACGUGGCCACGCUGUCCUUACACAGUCUGUUUGAACUGAGGACUUGCAUAGAAAAAGGCACCAUCAUGCUGGAGAUGGAGGCGUCCUCCUUGCCUCAGGUUGUUGAGAUGAUCACUGACAACCAGAUUGAAAACGGCCUCCUGAAAGCUGAGCUGAAGGACAAAGUCAUGUACACGUUGCUACGGAAGCAUCGCCACCAAACCAAGAAGUCCAACCUGCGCUCCCUGGCUGACAUUGGCAAGACGGUCUCCAGUGCAAGUAGGCUGUUUUCCAACCAGGACACCGCUCGCAGUCCUCUUGGGAACUCCGUCACUUGCCUGUCAGGUCGCAUCUCAAUGGAGGACCUGCAGAGUCAGACGAGUUCCAGUAUGGACUGGCUCAACAGUCCCACCACGACCCCCCGGAACUUGAACUCCAGCAGCCUCAACGACAUAUCGGACAAGCCGGAGAAAGAGCAGCUGAGGAAUAAGUUCAUGAAGAAGUUGCCCAGAGACGCCGAGGCCUCCAAUGUGCUGGUGGGAGAGGUGGACUUCUUGGACUCGCCUUUUGUGGCUUUUGUUCGUCUGCAGCAAGCUGUGAUGCUGGGGGCCUUAACUGAAGUUCCACUUCCCACAAGAUUUUUGUUUAUCUUGCUCGGACCCAAAGGGAAAGCCAAAUCAUAUCAUGAAAUCGGCAGAGCUAUCGCCACACUGAUGUCUGAUGAGGUCUUCCAUGACAUCGCCUACAAAGCUAAGGACCGCCAGGAUCUGCUGGCUGGAAUUGAUGAGUUUCUGGACGAAGUAAUCGUGCUUCCUCCUGGUGAGUGGGACCCCACCAUCAGGAUUGAGCCCCCAAAAAGCCUCCCUUCGCCUGAUAAGAGGAAAAACAUGUAUGCGGGGGUGGACAUUCAGAUGAAUGGAGACAUGCCUCACGAUGGAGGACACGGAGGAGGACAUGCAGCUGGAGAUGAGCUUAAGAAGACUGGACGGUUCUGUGGCGGUCUGUUACUUGACAUCAAGAGAAAAGCACCUUUCUUUAUCAGCGACUUCACCGAUGCGAUUCACAUUCAAGCCCUGUCGGCCAUUUUGUUCAUUUACCUGGGGACUGUGACAAACGCCAUCACCUUCGGAGGACUGCUGGGGGACGCCACUGAAAACAUGCAGGGGGUGUUGGAGAGUUUUCUGGGCACCGCCAUCGCUGGUGGGGUUUUCUGUUUGUUUGCUGGACAACCUCUCACCAUUCUCAGCAGCACCGGUCCAGUUCUGGUGUUUGAACGGCUUCUUUUCAACUUCAGCAAGGACAAUGAGUUUGACUACCUCGAGUUCCGACUGUGGAUCGGCCUGUGGUCGGCCUUCCUCUGCCUGGUGCUGGUGGCCACGGACGCCAGUUUCCUGGUCCAGUACUUCACCCGCUUCACAGAGGAAGGUUUCUCCUGUCUCAUCAGCUUCAUCUUCAUCUACGACGCCUUCAAGAAGAUGCUCAAGUUGGCCCACCAUUAUCCCAUCAACUCUGGCUUCAGGAUGGACGACGUGACCCAAUACGAAUGCUCCUGCAUGCCUCCCACCAUCCAAGUAAACUCCUCAGACGUCGACGAGCCCCAAGAAAUUUCAGUCUACUACUACAACUACACCGGUCUGCCCGUCAACACCUCGUGGGGGACUCUCUCCCUCAGCGAGUGCUCCAAGUACAAAGGCGAGCUGGUGGGAGAUGCCUGUCACUUCGUCCCGGACAUCACUCUCAUGUCCUUCAUUCUGUUUUUCGGCACCUACACCUGCUCCAUGUGUCUGAAGAAGUUUAAGACCAGCAGGUUCUUCCCCACAACUGUGAGGAAGCUCAUCAGCGACUUUGCCAUCAUUCUGGCCAUCCUGAUCUUUUGUGGAAUUGAUGCUCUAGUCGGGGUGGAUACACCAAAGCUCAUUGUGCCAUCGGAGUUCAAGCCCACCAGCCCUCACCGGGGCUGGUUUGUUCCACCGUUCGGAGGAAACCCCUGGUGGGUUUACCUGGCGUCGGCUCUGCCAGCUCUGCUGGUCACCAUUCUGAUCUUCAUGGACCAACAGAUCACUGCUGUGAUCGUCAACAGGAAGGAGCACAAGCUGAAGAAAGGAGCAGGGUACCACCUGGAUCUGUUCUGGGUGGCUGUCCUGAUGGUGGUCUGCUCUUUCAUGGGCCUACCUUGGUACGUCGCUGCCACCGUCAUCUCCAUCGCUCAUAUCGACAGUUUAAAGAUGGAAACAGAAACAUCGGCUCCUGGAGAGCAACCAAAGUUCCUGGGUGUCAGGGAGCAGCGGGUCACUGGGGUGUGUGUGUUCCUGCUCACGGGUCUGUCUGUCUUCAUGUCCCCCAUUUUAAAGUUCAUCCCAAUGCCGGUUCUGUACGGCGUGUUUUUGUACAUGGGGGUUGCCUCCCUCAACGGUGUGCAGUUCAUGGAUCGUCUGAAGCUGCUGCUGAUGCCGGCCAAACAUCAGCCUGACCUGGUGUACCUGAGGCACGUUCCACUCCGGAAAGUCCACCUCUUCACCUUUCUGCAGGUCCUGUGUCUGGCUUUGCUCUGGAUCCUUAAGUCCACGGUGGCGGCCAUCAUCUUCCCUGUGAUGAUCCUGGCUCUGGUCGCCGUCAGGAAGGGGAUGGACUACAUGUUCUCUCAGCAUGACCUGAGUUUCCUGGACGACGUCAUUCCAGAGAAGGACAAGAAGAAGAAGGAGGAUGAUAAGAAGACGAAGAAGCGGGGGAGUAUAGACAGCGAUGUGGAAGAUUCUGAUUAUCCUUACAUUGACAAUGUUCCCAGCAUUAAAAUUCCUUUGGACAUGAUGGAACAAGAACCCUUUUUAGGUGAUAAGGCAUCAGACAGAGAGAAGUCCCCUGCAUUCCUUGAACGACACACAUCGUGCUGAGCAGCUUCACUACUACCAAGCCAGCUACUUGUCCAGCCCUGAGAUGAGUCCACUGAAGUCUGUGCCUCAGAUUAGAAUAGACAUGGACCCAGACGACGAUAAUUCCUUCUACUGGAGGAGUCGAGGAUCCGAAACGUCAUUGUAGAGAGCUGAACUGCUUCCUUCACGUGACAAACACCAGAGCAAAGGGACGUCUGUUGACUAUUUUCCUUCAUCUCACAUUGAUAAUAACUCUUCUAUGCAACGUUUCACAUAGUCGCUGCAUACGAUCUGUGCAUGGAGCCCCUUCUCUGGUUUUUAUACAAAUAUAUCAUCUCUCUGUUUUUAUAAAAAUCACAACACUACUUCUAAUGAUGAUUUCCUGUAGCAGGAAAAUUGUUUUUUUUCCUCUUUUUUUUAUUAUUAUAUAGCUCUACCUCUUAUCUGUUUUAGACUGGUUUUGAACGAACAUGGGAGCAUUUCUCGCUCCGUUGUCUUGUAGACACAAAUGAUUCCGGAGACUCUCUGUAUUAUAGUCUGUGAUUAAGAUGUUUCUAGAUGUUUUAAGUUAAUUAACAGUAAUAUAUAACAACCUGUAAAAUCAUUUUUAUCAGUCUAAUUUUUGCUUCUUUGUUUUAAUUUAAACUGGCAUUUUUUUAAUUGGAUGUUUUGGGUGGUUUUUUUUGACUGUCUCUUAAUUUUUAUUUUUAUUUUUUGCAAUACAUUUGAUUUUCUUCAGCCAAACUAGCAUCAUAUCAUUUCCUUGCUUUGCUGCACAAACGACCUAACCUAAGUGGCUUAUCAUAGAUCAGUUCCACAGAGAAUUUGUAAUAACCACUGGAUGAGGGAUUAUGGGAUGGGAGUGGGGGGGAAAUAAUCCAUGUCAUCUCUAUGCUGUGAGACAGUUUGGGCCCACCAUGUCAUCUGGAUGUUGGAUUUAUUAAAUAACAAAAAUGGUAAAUAAAAUAUUG